AGCCUCUACAGAGGAAACAAUGACUUCAACACAACAGGACCAACAUGGAGCGAGAAGUCAGCGCUCUCAGGAGGCUGACAAACCUCACAGAAGGACGAGAGAAAAAAAAUACACCUGUGAUCAGUGUGGGACGGGUUUUAGUACAAAGUGUAAAUUAAAAACGCACCAAGUCAUCCACACUGGAGAGAGACCGUUCAGCUGUGACUUGUGUGGAAAGUCUUUUACCUGGCCUGAAAGCUUAAGAAAUCACCUACUCUUGCACAGUGGAGAGAAACCGUACAGCUGUGAUCAGUGUGGCAGAGCUUUUACUUACAGUAGCACCUUACGGCUUCAUCAAGUUUCCCACUUUGGAAUUAAAGCAUACAGCUGUGACUACUGUGGAAAAGCUUUCAACCGGCUAGCGUACCGAAAUGCACACCUACGCAUUCACACUGGGCAUGAUGUGUACUGCUGUGAUCAAUGUGGCAAACUGUUUGGAACAAACUCUCAGUUAAAACAGCACAUGUUUACUCACAGUGAGGAGAGACCUUAUCACUGUGACCUGUGUGAUAAAGCUUUUAAAUCGCCACGUUCCCUGAAAGAACACCAACAGAUCCACAGCAGAAAGAGACUCCACAAGUGCAGUUACUGUGAGAAGCAGAGCGACACAGCUGGAUCGAGUUCUCAGCCCUGUCGUCGCUGUGGUGGUGGGAAAGCGUUUUGCUGUGACUUUUGUGGGAAAACUUUCAGUCAUCAAGUGACCCUAAAAAUACAUCAGCGUAUACACACUGGACACAAACUGAACUACUGCAAAGAAUGUGGGAGCAGCUUCCCCACAACAAGCCAAUUAAAAAAACAUGAACUCUUCCACAGUGGGGUUAAAAAUCACGUCUGUGACCAGUGUGGGUCAUCCUUCACCACUGCAAGUAACCUUAAAAGGCAUAAACGAAUCCACUCAGGAGAGAAACCGUACAAGUGCAGACACUGUGAGAAAAGCUUCUCAUGUUCAAGUUAUCGUAACGAUCAUGAAAGUACACACAUUGAAGGGAACUACAGCUGUGACCAGUGUGACAAGAACUUCAAGAAUCUCAGUUCAUACACCCAACACAAACGAUCCCACGCUGCAGAGAAACUGUUUCACUGUUACCAAUGUCCAAAAACAUUCACUUCAUUAUCUGCUCUGUCCAAACAUCAGCGUGAUCAUGCAGGGCUGAAAUCAUUCCCAUAACUGGAUCACCAUGAAUCUGCAGACACACAAAGAUCCUCUUCUGGUUGCAGGGUCAAACGUAAAAACCUCGAAAUCCGGCUCCACAGAAUUCCGAUGGAAUCUCCUGUAAAGAGUGUCAGCUAAUGUUACACUUGGAUCUUUACAGGAAUGUGGGGUUUAUAAAGCCUUAAAACAUAUAUAAAUAAUAAAAUAAAUGUAACACCACUACUAAGUGGAUUUUCACCCAUUGCUGGAGUCUCUGGGACGUAACCCCCACGACAGGUUAGUUGAGUCAGUGUAGCAGCCCUUGCUAACUACACACAUCAUGUCUCAUUAGAAUUUAAUUGUUAAAAGAUGAAAUGAUUUGAACAUGUCAUGGUGGUUAGCGCUAUUGCCUUGCAGCUUGAAGGUCCUGGGUUCGACUCCACCUUGGUCUGGGCCUUUGUGUGGAGUUUGCAUGUCCCCCCCAUCUAUAUAUCGACUUUCACAGUGAUGGCUUUCUGCUUCAUCCCUGGAUCUGCAAAUUUUAUAAUCUUGAAAGUGUGUGUUUGAUUUUUACACUUGGCUCCUGUGCUUGCCAUGAUUGUCUGCGAUGAAAUUAACUGAACUGAUUCACCCAGUACAGCCAAUCCAGAAAUCACAACUAUAUUGACAUUCGAGCAAUCGCCACAUGUUGUUAGCGUAUGUGGCUGUGCAUAAACAAGCCGCUGCAUGCAGUUUUCGUACAUCGUACAUACUGGAAAUGGGUGUGAUGGGAGCUGAGGAGCGUGUUAAACUCAUCCAAAUUGUGCAAUCACAUUUAUUUGUAAAUGUAUUAAAAUAAGACUAAAUUUUUCAUCCAAGAUAGAUGAAAAUCCAACUUGUAUGAUCCGAGUUAGGUGAUGGUUUUAUUGGAAUUAAUGUUUGGAAAAGUCAGGACCCCACAGAAGCCAUCCGCCUACAACGAAAAUCUGAUUUGUGCGACUGAUGAUUUCUACUGUAGUUUUAAUUUUCUUUUUGUAAUUUUAGCUUUUAAUCCAGUUUAAUUUGUUCCAAAUGUGGAUUUAUAUUAGUGGAGAUUUUUCUUUGUUUCCUUUUCAUUGGUUUGUGUCUUUGUAUUACAGUAAUAUGUGGAAGUGUUGUCAGGAAGAGGGCAGAUUUAGGAAGUACAGAGCAGGUAUUACAAUUCAAACACAGCAUCUUUGUGAAUGCGGCUGAUUCACAGUGAUGUAGAAAUCCAAGUCUCAGACGUCUGCCCGCUGAGUUAGUUUGCGCAAAAAAGCGGUCCUACAUAUUUGUUUAAUAUGUGCAUUGACGGACACCAUGUUUCUAAGAUUUGUGGGGCCGAGAACAAGAAUUUCAGUUUUAUCUGAAUUUAGA